UGGUCCUCUUGUAAUGUCUGCUGUGAUGUAAACCGACCAGCUCGGUAGGGUUACAACCCCUUCACACACACACGUGUAUAAAGCUAGCAUUUCCUUCUGGGGCCCGUAGGAUAGUAAAUGUCACACUGUCGGGAAACUACAAACCCUGAGAGGAAUGAGUGUGUUCAUGGAGGACUUUGUUAAUGCUGAGGUCCUUUAGCAGACAGUAUGAGUGGUCAAAGUCCUGCUCCUUCAGCCAGUAAUGGCAUUACUCCUCUCCAGCAGAUGGUGGCGUCCUGCUCCGGAGCCCUCCUCACAUCUUUGUUUGUCACACCUUUGGACGUUGUGAAGAUCAGACUGCAAGCACAGAAAAAUCCCUUCCCCAAAGGGAAAUGCUUUGUCUACUGCAAUGGACUUAUGGACCACAUAUGUGUGUGUGAAAACGGCAACUCCAAGGCCUGGUACAAAGCCUCCGGUCACUUUAAUGGCACACUGGAUGCCUUUGUCAAAAUAGUACGCCGAGAAGGAGUAAGGGCAUUAUGGAGUGGGCUGCCUCCAACCCUUGUGAUGGCAGUGCCAGCUACAGUGAUCUACUUCACAUGCUACGACCAGCUGUGUGCAGCGCUGAGGGUCAGGAUGGGAGACUACUCUCAGGAGGCUCCUCUCCUGGCUGGAGCUAUCGCUAGAGUGGGUUCAGCGACAGUCAUCAGCCCUCUGGAGCUGAUCCGUACGAAGCUGCAGUCUCAGAAACAGUCGUACAGGGAGCUGAGCGACUGCAUCCGCUCAGCAGUGCAGGCAGAAGGCUGGCUGUCUCUUUGGCGGGGUUUGGGGCCCACGCUCCUCCGAGACGUGCCCUUCUCUGCCAUGUACUGGUACAACUAUGAGAAUGGCAAGAGCUGGCUAUGUGAACGGUAUAACGUCAGAGAACCCACGCUUACCAUUACCUUCGUAUCUGGAGCAGUGUCUGGCUCUAUUGCGUCCAUUGUAACUUUGCCUUUUGAUGUUGUUAAAACGAGAAGGCAGGUGGAGCUGGGAGAGCUACAAGCAAAGAAUUUGUCCUGUCAGGUCUCCACCUUCAGUGUGAUGGGCAGAAUUGUGGCGCAGGACGGCUUUGGUGGACUGUUUGCAGGUUUCCUCCCCAGGCUGAUCAAAGUGGCCCCGGCCUGUGCCAUUAUGAUCAGCACUUACGAGUUUGGAAAGGCCUUUUUCCGCAAACACAACCAGGAGAGGAUACUCAGGCCGCUGCACACCAGCAACACCUGAUAGUUUUCCUGUCAUUUCCCUCUAAACCAAAACACUGAAGCAAUUAUUACUAGACUAUACCUGAAAUGAAAAGGCUUGUUUGCCAAAUUAAAAACACAAGCAGAAAUGGAAGAUAAAAAGACCAAUUUCUGCAUUAAAAGGUAUUUUAGAUGAUAAAAAUGUAUAUUAAAUGCAUUUCUAUUAGUAUUUAUAAAUUAAUAUUCUAUGGUUUUAUGUUCACUGUUAAAGAUCCUGUGCGCACAACAAAUCAUGUUUAAAUCAUGUGCUUCUUGAUACAUUCAUCAGCCAGCAGAUGGCAGCCACAGUUUUGUUAAUAAUAUGUAAUUUUCCAGGUCCCAUGUGUGGCUGUCUCUCUGGGAUCAUGUGCACUGUGCCUUUAGUCUUUAUAUUAGAGAUGUAAGAUUAAUCCCCCCCCCCACCUUUUUCCCACCAGAUGUUUUGCACUUCCACUCCUGUAACAUGUGAAUAAAUGUGUGACAGACACACACACAAAGAGCA